CUUCCACUUCCACGAGCCGUAUCACCUCUCUUGAUGCCAACUGCCUUCUUUGCCCCGCGACGAGUCGACAUUUUGCGCAAUGGAGUCUCUACCUGUCGAAGUCCUCCAAAUGACCCUGAGCUACCUAUGCAUGCAUUGCCGAGACCCCACCGGCUUUCCUCACGCAGACACACAAGAGAUCCGGGACGACAAGAGAGCAUUGGCUUUCCUUUGCAGAACCUCGAGGCGCAUAUCUGCGGUAGCCUAUCCGAUCUUGUACCACUAUUAUGCGACGGGAAACAUGCAUCUUAGACAGACAGUUAUUACCAGGCAAAGGCCCAUCAGAAACACUUACGAGCCGAACCUGGUUCAGGAAUUUACCCGUACCAUCCGACAGCGACCUGACUUGGCCUCAUACGUUGACGCUAUGCAGGUUGCAAGCUGGGAUCUGGAAGUCAAUUCUCGCCUAACAUCGCCGGACUCCUCCAGCUCCGACAGCAGUGUGUCGGAUUCAGAAGUGCCCCCCGAAGUUUGGGAAGCUGCCAGCACACUAUACGCUGAACACUCGAGGAAGCCACAGCCGCCGACACCGCCGACACCAAUAAAGGACUAUAGCAAGCUGGAAGGCGAGAUUCCAGAUUUAGUAGCGGCUAUCCAGUCUUGUCCUCGUUUGCAAAGUCUUCUCGUCAGUUACAGUGACCACGACCCCAUCUGGCCCGAAAAAAGCUGGCUGGGGCUGAGAAUGCCCUCGAUACGUCGUCUGGGUGUCAUAGUCGGCCUAUCCAGGCAAUGCACACUCUAUAUCAAUUUUGCCGGAAUGGGGAACAUGUUUCCCAACGUGGAAUCUAUCCAUGCGAGCACGGGAGGCCUUUGGAUUCUUCAGCGCGGCACGCUUCCGACCAAAAACCCCAAGGACUUUUUGACAAAGUUGAAGAGCCUAUCGAUUGCGGGGAUGCGGGAUCCUCACUUGGAGGAGCUGUUGAAGUGUCUGCCUGGCCUCGAACGCCUUGAAAUCACCAACAUGAACUACGAUUGCUCCUGGCGAAGGGCCCUCAAGCCGGUGCAAAACCGACUCAAGAGUCUUCACGUAUCCUACCACCUCAAGCCGCACCAUGGCAUGAAGCUUUGGGAUGUCAAGUUCCGCCACAGCGAACGGUUGAGAUUACUCGGCGCUCUGGAGGAACUCUCGCUCGACUGCCGGUUAAUCCGGGACGUCGUCACGCCCUACGCUCCCGAAGCGAGACUGGCAUCGCUGCUACCGCCAUCGAUUCGCGUUUUUAGGAUUCGGUAUCUUCAUUAUGUCAUGUCAAGAACAUUGAAGUACCUGGCAGACGUGGCACCCACCCGCUUCCCGCAUCUCAAGCUCAUCCACAUUGGGGUGAGCGAAUGCGAGGCGCCCGGAAAUGAGAACAUGGUUGCGGCAAUGGAGGAACCGACGCGCCGGCUCUUCGCGGCGGUGGGCAUCGAUUUGUUGUGGACGCAGGAUCUGGUUUGGGAACAGAAGAGACCUGGAAGGUUCCUGGGAUCGGGGAUAAAUUUGACGGCCGACAUACCACUUCCGGUGGUACCCGAGCAUAUGAUCAUUCAUUAACGCAGAAAAGGGUGUGCAGAGGAAGGACUUCCGGCUGACCGUCGUGAGAAGCUCAUGUGUUGUCAGUAGUGGUGUACUGACAACGUCGGUUGGGAUAUGCUGAUGGCAUCGGAGUCGAGAAGAGAACAAAUAACGGAGACAACGGGUUUCUGAAGCAGUUGAAAGCACGAAGCAGGGGAAGCCUAGCAACACGUCGGUCGGUGUACAUCUGCUAACUGCCUCCACAUCGACUUUGAAGUCGAUAGGCCUAUCUCACUUAGCCAAUACAUCACUUACACGCCCAUGAGCUAAGAGGCAUGAUGUACAUACUUCAUUCAUCUACUAUCCGCCCGAGCAAUCAGCAACGGCAGGAUAACAAGUAAAUAAGGUAUAUACAUCAUGCUUCACAGCCCCUAGUGAAUCCCCAACGCCACGAGACAUAAGCUGAAAUCGUCCAAGAAAGGCUUGGGAAUAUGAAACAUCCACACACCUUCCUGUCCUCAAUUCACGGCUGCCUGGUUCGGAAAGACGGAGGCUAACCUGAUUUAGGAUAUCUCACUUGAGCCGCAUCAGCCUUACAACCUGCAUGUAACCACCACCUACCCUCCAUAAUCAAUAUCUCUCCUGCUGGUCUGGUGCUGACCGCCGAGCCAAGACUUGGGUUCCACAGCAGCCCUGCCACUCGGUCAGCGAAAGUAGGAGAGACGCACGUACACAGCCUACUAAUGCAAUGUAACCAGAGCCAGAAAAGGGCGGGAAAUUGCAAAGAGAGAGAGACCUCGUGGCUAUGGAGCGUGAGUAAGAAAGAGAGCAACUCUGCCCCUCGCCAACCCUCCCCCUUGCCAGCCUUGUAGAUCUCCGAAAAGGGAAAUAGAGCCAACCUGGAGUGGUGACAUGGAGGCGUGUAGGUGUCCAUCUGCAUGGCAUAGUUGGGAAAUCAUGUGUAACGUACCACACUUAGCAAAGGUCACGUCAGGCGGACCCGCGGCAACCAUUUCUGGGUCCGCGGCCCUCCUCAACCGUCAAACCGAAGAGGCGCGAAGAAAUAACGGCAGAUAGACUAAGAAUGCUAUGCGAGGAAGGAGAGAGGUGGUGCCCGUGGCUUAGGACUUUGCUAAGCCCAGAUAUCACUCACCCACGGACCAAGAGUUCUGCCAAGGAGGAGCCUCUUGAGGGCUUGGCAGGCGGAUUUGAGGUAUCACUAAGAAUGUCUUGUCUUGGAUCCUUCACUCGGCGCGCUCCUACGCGGGCGGUCCCGCGUGUUAAACGACGUGUUUUGGGCCCCCAUGAGGCGGAACUGCUUCCGGAGCUUGGAGGUGCCUUCGUCUACGGAUAUUGACGCAGCGGGAAUAACUUCCUUCAUGAGCUGCGCGUUCCACGUCGUCAUUGAUGUCUUGGUGCGGCGAAAGGGGGACCCUCCGCGUUUGUCCUGACUUGGAGAAAAGGACUAUA